AUGUCUAAAGGAAAAGUUUGUUUGGCUUACUCUGGUGGUUUAGAUACCUCCAUCAUCUUGGCUUGGUUAUUAGAUGAAGGUUACGAAGUUGUUGCCUUUAUGGCCAACGUUGGUCAAGAGGAAGACUUCGAUGCUGCUAAGGAAAAGGCUUUAAAAAUUGGUGCUACCAAAUUCGUUUGUGUCGAUUGUCGUAACGAUUUCGUCACUGAUAUUCUUUUCCCAGCUGUUCAAUGUAACGCAGUCUAUGAAGAUGUUUACUUGUUAGGUACUUCUUUAGCUAGACCUGUCAUUGCUAAGGCUCAAAUAGAUGUCGCUGAACAAGAAGGUUGUUUCGCUGUUGCUCACGGUUGUACAGGUAAGGGUAAUGAUCAAAUUAGAUUCGAAUUAGGUUUCUAUGCUUUGAAACCUGAUGUUAAAGUCAUUGCUCCAUGGAGAUUACCUGAAUUCUUUGAAAGAUUUGCUGGUAGAAAGGAUCUUUUGGAUUUCGCUGCCGAAAAGGGUAUCCCAGUUGCUCAAACUAAAUCUAAACCAUGGUCCACUGAUGAAAAUCAAGCUCAUAUCUCUUAUGAAGCUGGUAUUUUGGAAGAUCCUGAUACUACUCCACCAAAGGAUAUGUGGAAAUUGACCGUUGAUCCAAUGGAUGCUCCAAACGAACCACAAGAUCUCUCUAUCAACUUCGAACGUGGGUUACCAGUUAAAGUUUCUUACAAUGAUCAUGCUACUAAGAAGGAUGUUUCCGUCACUGCUCCACAAGAUAUCUUUGAAACUGUCUCCAAUUUGGCAAGAGCUAACGGUGUCGGUAGAAUCGAUAUUGUUGAAGAUCGUUACAUUAACUUGAAAUCAAGAGGUUGUUACGAACAAGCUCCAUUGACUGUUUUAAGAAGAGCUCAUGUUGACUUGGAAGGUUUAACUUUAGACAAAGAAGUUCGUCAAUUAAGAGAUCAAUUUGUUACACCAACUUACUCUAAAUUACUAUACAAUGGUUCCUAUUUUUCUCCAGAAUGUGAAUAUGUUAGAUCUAUGAUUCAACCAUCUCAAGAAACUGUUAACGGUACCGUUAGGGUUAGACUAUAUAAGGGUAAUGUCAUCAUUCUUGGUAGAUCUUCCGCCACUGAAAACUUAUACGAUCCGACAGAAUCUUCUAUGGAUGAGUUGACUGGUUUCUUACCAACUGAUACUACUGGUUUCAUCGCUAUUCAAGCUAUUAGAAUUAAGAAAUACGGUGAUGCUAAGAGAGCAAAGGGUACUAAGUUGACCUUAUAG